CAUGUUGCGUCUUGGAUGGAAGAUACCCGUCAGAUUAUUACUAUUAUUAUUAUUAUUAUUGUUAUUAUUUGAUAUUGAAUGACAAUAUGUAUCUACGUGUCUAAAGUAUCGAAAAGAUCAUUUACUUUGAUGUCAUAAAUACUAAAUGUUAUAUCUAUUAGUAUUUUUAGUGCAUUUUUGUAUCGUUCAUGACAUUGAUAGUUAUGUUACCACAAAAAUAUUAUUUUGGUAGAUUGUUCAACAUAUUCGACGUAUAGGUUAAUUAUAUUCUAUUGUGAAUAUCUUCGUGAAGUAUGGAUAACGUGACAGGAAUAAUAUGUGCCAUGUACAAAGGAUUUAUAGACAGUUUAAGAGGAGCCAUUGUUUUAUUUUAUAUGGAUAAACGUAUCAAUGAAAAAUUGUUUAAACAAUCGUCGUCUCGAUCAGAAAUGCAUGGGAAAGACACAACAGCUGUACCUCAUCACCCUAAGCAUUUCAAUCACUUAAGGAAAUCUAAAGUGUUGAAAAGAACAAUUCAAUGUUGUGCAUUAAAUGGUGGUAUAUUUUGGGCCAGCAUAUUAGUUUUUGAAUGCGGUUUACUUCCAUUUCUUAAAUACUUAUUGACAAUUAUAUUUGGACAUUCGCCUGGCAUGGGAAUGACUGUAUGGUCUUGGAUGAAACCGUUUCUGUCAUUGACUUUUGGCACUGUAUGGGUACUACCACUAUUUGUCCUCAGUAGGGGAGUCAACAGUUUAUGGUUUCAGGACAUUGCGGACAGUGCUUAUAGGUAUAGACAAGGAAGGCCAUUACUUUUGUCCAGUGUGAGCAAGCUUGUAGCAGAUACAAUUUUUAGUUUAUUGGUUCAAGCAUUAUUUUUGGGUCAAGGAAUGCUGGUAUCCAGGAUACCAUUACCUCUUGUAGGUGAUAUUCUUGCCCUUAUACACAUGUGCCUUUUAUAUGCUCUCUAUGCUUUUGAGUACAAGUGGUUCAAUAUGGGUUGGGAGUUGCAUAGACGAUUAAGUUUUAUUGAAAAUAAUUGGCCAUAUUUUGUGGGUUUUGGUCUGCCACUAGCAGUACUUACUCAACUGCCAAGUUCAUAUGUAAUAAGUGGCUGUGUCUUUUCUAUACUAUUCCCGUUAUUUAUUGUAAGUGGAAAUGAAGCAGAGCCUGUGACUGGAGUAUGUGAUUCUCCAUUAAAAUUGUUUUCGCCAGUAAUUGCUAUUGCAAAUACUCUUUUCAAUAAAACAAUUAGACCUAUGAAUAGACGGUGACAGAAGAAUCUAUAAUGGAUAAAUUCGUUUGGAGUACUGAAUAUAUAGCAAUAAACUGUUUUUUCAGGUUUUUACAUAA